UUCUGUAGCCUUAGAAGGCGAGGUAAAGGCGUAUUAUAAGCUCUUCACCCAAGGGCUUCCACUUGACCAAAUACUCGGUGUAAGGAGGCACGCCAUGACGUCCGCACUGUCCGGUCCGCAAUAAUGUACUCCGCCUCUUUGUCACAGGAAUCAACAACAGCAGUAGGCGCUCGAUUUGAUAGCCCUCUGCUAGGGUCCUCCAUGUCUUCAUGAUAGAGCUUCAAGCAGCUUGCAUGGAAGACGGAGUGUAUUUUGAGUCAGGAGGGCAGCUCCCAUUGAUAGGAAACCUUGAGAAUCCUCUUGGUGAUCUUGAAUGGGCCUUCGUACUUCCGCACCAACCUCUUAUGCACCUUCCUUCAUGACUUGAACUGUUGUGGAAGGAGCUUCACAAGCACUAAGCCACCCACUUGGUACUUCACUGGCUGUUAAGAAAGCUCCCAUGAAGGCUUUUACGCUUUUUAAGGCUGGAUCAAUUACUUCAUCAGGAUCAACAACCUCUAAAGUCGGUUCGUCCAAAGCCGAAGUGGCUACUGCAACAACUCAAACCGAAAAGAUUCGAAAAGAAGAUCCCCGUCAAUCCCAAGGCUGUCACCUCCAAAGGGUCCGCCUCAAAAUCCAGCAAAACUCUUACUUCUAGAAAAAAAAGUUGCCGGUCCGCCCAGGAAGAAGUGAACGAGGUAUAUCAUGGGGGGUAAAGAGAGUCCCGCACCUCCGAGCGUAGAACAUAUUAGAUGAAGUUAGCAAAGCCCAAGAGCGGAUACCGCACAAUAACAGCCCGAAAUGCUCACAUAAGCGAGAUGGGGGGAUCUUACUAUACGAUGCCACCAAAGAGGGAAAUCGCAGAACUCUCUUCGAAAGAAUGGUUAGCUAGGCCACUUUCCCAAGACAAUAGGCUAUGGAGCGGGCAGCCUCAAACGAGGAAGCAGCCCAAUCUAUUACAUACGAUCACUGAUCGAAUCGGGAAUCGGGGCUUUCUCAUACUCCUCCAAGUCAGCAAGGGGUACUACGGGUACUAGUUUCAUGGUGAUGAGUUUUCACCUCUAUGGCAGACUGCAAGCACAGAAGCUAAGGAUUGCCCUACGGAGGAAUGCCCGAGUUUCAAAGCAGAGGUGAAGAAGCUUUCAUUCGACAAAAGGAAGCAUCGGGGGAGGAUGGAACUCUACUUUACAUAAGCUAUUUAGAGAGAUCCCCGUAGAUUAGAGAAAACAGGGAAAUAGCAAGGAAAGAGCUGGACGUUAGUCCAAUUACUUUACUAGUAAGACGAUACCUGCUACUAGUCGAACAAGGAAAAAACAGUCAAAAAAGGGUUGUAGUUAAACUGAUUUCUGUACUUAACUAUGGAGGACAACCACGCAAACUGCUUAGCGUGGGACACAGGUUUCGGCUCCUUUCUGCCUACCGAGUCCCACGAGUACACUAACGAGAGAGGAACUACAAGCAGAAAUCAGUAGUCACUCUUCGAGUUAAAUAAAGAAAUUGCAUAUAAAGAUAGAAAGAGAGAGAUAGUCAGUCUCUUAAGCGGCCGAAAGUGUUAUGUCAAAAGGACCAAGGAGGAUGAAGGAGGAGAAGGAGUAGGAGUAGGAGCUAAUUUGGACGGAAUCGAAUGAUUACGAGAUAGACAAUGAGACAAAGGAGAGAACUUAGACAAUUCACUUUCAGUACAGGGAGGUCUGCUGGUAGAAAUUCCUCAGGGCGUAUUACGGUUUUUCACCGAGGGGGUGGAUCGAAGCGAUUGCAGCGAAGAAUUGAUCUGAAACGAAGCACUUCGUCUAUGGGCAUUGUAGAAAGGAUAGAAUAUGACCCUAAUCGUUCUUCUCGAAUCGCUCUAGUACGAUGGAAAGAGGGGGUCCGCAAGAGGAAAUGCAACACGAUAGAAGAGUUCGCUCCCCCGCGUAAGAUUCGAGAAUCUACCACGACCGCCAUCCGCGGUCCAUUUUCGUUCUCUUCCCUGCCGGGGAAGGUGGAUCAAAGAAAGGUAGCUUGCUUCUCUCCUGGACUGAUGGCGGCUUAUGUAGUGGUCGGCCUUCCUACCAGAAUGCCUUCUUGGUCGAAGAGCCCCUUUACUAGUAAGGGCGCAGGAAGCAAAAAAACUUGCGCGAAGGACCUUUUCUUCUCUGCAUUCUCCUCUCCAAAAGCCAAGGGAGAGACUGCAUCCCUUUCCUUCGGUAGCUCUUUUGCUUUCCCAAGGAUAGCCGUAGCUGGGGCAAAGCCCGCUUUCUUCGCUCCGCGAAUGAAGAAAGUCAGAGGAAAAAACACGUUCUCUCUUUGCGAGAUCCGAAAGUGGAGAACGCAUAGCAUUCUCUGGGCACAUAGGAUCAAACGUAAAGCAGCGCUCUCUUGGCAGAGUUUUAGGCGGCAAGAGACUUUAGGGCUUGUUGGAGCUUCUGAGCAUAACAAAUCGAAGCCGAAGAUGGAUCAAGGUAGCUUGCCUGCCAAGCCGAUAGGCGAAGGGACGAAGGAUGGAACGUGCAAAGUGGAUCUCACACGGGAAGAGAGGUCAAAUGGCGGCAAGGCCAUACGCCCGGUUGGCUCCUCGCGGAGUAUAGCUCACAUCCAACAUCUGAUUGGGGAACGGGGCAACGCCCAUGAAGCUCCGGCGGAAAGGGAAGGCCUGCCAGGCCGUAUGCCCAUGGGUGCAGGAUUCUUCGAAAAAGCGCGGGCUGACUCGGAGACCUGGGACCUUGGCUUAGCAACGAAUGAAGGAAGCUCGAAGAGCUUUCUCCGCCAGCGACUUAUGUAGUGGUCGGCCUUAUAAAGCUCGCUAAGCUUCGCUUCCCUCCCCCCUUCCCUUAUAUUAAGUGGAAAAUAAAUAGUAGUCGGCAUUCUAUAAGCGACUACACGGCUCUAUACCAAGUCAUGAGCGAUAGCGAAGCCAAGCCGCCAUCUAUAGGCGAAGGGACGAAAGCCCGACGAAGGCCUAUGCUACAGUAAGAAAGAAAGUACGUUAAGGUUACGAAGUCACUUAGCCGUAUACAAAGGGAAAGGCGUCGGUACGGAGUCACGUCAGCUGUGGAUAUAGACUAGGCUAUAAGGAACGGAGUCUUAAACUAUGGACCGAGACUACACUAAGGAACAAGGAAGCUUGACUGAGCAAAGAAGUCAAGGAACGAAGCUGCUUCUCUAAUAGCCCCGUUGAAUAGGAGGGCGAAGGCUUUUUGAAAAAGUCUUUUUUGUCUUUGUCUUGUAAAUUCAUUUUUUUCUAGUUAGAGAGAUGGGGCUUCAAGUUCUUAGGAAGAGCCGUACGAGGCAGCUCACGUACGGUUCGGGAGCCGAGCCCCAGCACAGGGGCUUAGGUCAACACUUAUAUAAUAGCCAGUCAUCAAUUGGAAGCGGGCAAGAUGGUGAUAAAUUGCGAUUG